AGGAACCACUUUGGACUUUGCCAUUUCUCGGCUUCUUAUUCAUUCCUUUCUUCUCUGUCUGUACAUAAACAAAGGAAGAUUUAGUUUCGAGAGAAAGGAAGAAACUUUUCAGCAUGAACGAGAAGGCUAACGUUUCUAAAGAGCUUAAUGCUAAGCACAGAAAGAUCUUGGAGAGCCUUUUAAAAUUACCAGAAAACCGAGAGUGUGCAGACUGCAAAACCAAAGCUCCAAGAUGGGCAAGUGUGAAUCUGGGAAUUUUCAUAUGCAUGCAAUGUUCAGGGAUUCACCGAAGCCUUGGAGUACACAUAUCAAAGGUGAGAUCUGCCACUUUGGACACUUGGCUUCCGGAGCAGGUUGCAUUUAUUCAAUCUAUGGGGAAUGAGAAAUCAAACAGCUACUGGGAAGCAGAGUUGCCUCCUAAUUAUGACAGAGUUGGAAUUGAGAAUUUCAUUCGUGCAAAGUAUCAAGAUAAGAGAUGGGUUCCUAGGAAUGGGAAAGCAAAAUAUCCUUCUAGGGUGAGUGAAGAAAAGGCUUCAGUUCAUAGACCUGGGCAGGCAAAUAUUGGGCAAAGAUUUAUGAGUAAUAUAAAUCAUGUUUCCGAAGAGAGGAAUAUUGCUCAGCCCCCCUUACCAAAUAAGAACAUUCCUGCCUCAAAACCUAGUACUCUGGCAACUGUUAAAGUAGUUCAGCAGGUCAAACCUGAUCUGAAGACUGUAGAACCUGUGCAGAAUCCAGAACCAUCCGUUCCAAAGGCUGAAUUGGCAAAGGAAGCUACUACUACAGUCAUUGCAGAACAAAAAGUGGAUUAUGCUACUGAUCUUUUUAAAUUGCUUUCCAUGGAUGAUUCCAGAGAAAGUGAAGCCAAGACUUCUACUGAUACAAACACAUGGGCUAAUUUCCAGUCUACAAAUGCAAAAUCAGCUGCAGAAAUAAGUGAUUCAUUGAAAACAACUGCAGAGAUAAGUAAUUCUUCGAAAACAGCUGAAAUCAGGACACAAACCAAGUCCAACUAUGGACUUGAGGAUCUAUUUGUAAAUUUGCCAUCAUUUCCUCCCAUUUCAGAAAAGCCCAAGAAAGAUGUGAAUAGUGAUAUCAUGAAUCUCUUUGAAAAGUCUACAAUGGUGUCUCCAUUUUCUACUCAUCAACAGCAACAUGCUAUUCUCGCCCAGCAACAGUCCUUAAUUGUAGCUGCUUCAGCAAAAUCUAAUAGUGGAUCUCAAACCUUUCCGGUCAAUUUACAUCAACCUGUUUCUAAUGGUGUCUACUUACCAACUCAGAAUUGGGGUAUUUUUCGCCAUCAAGUUCCCGGAAUGAUGAUGCCAAUCACUAAUCAGCAAAAAUAUGUUCAGAUGGGAAAUAAUCAAUACACAUAUCCAGCAGGGAAUUCAGUUAAUUUUCCAAAACCCAGAAUGAAUACACAAUGGCCAAUGGCUCCAGUCAGUGGUGCAGCAAAUAUUAGAGCAAGUACCAGGCCUCCUGCCAGUCCUUCAGAUUAUGAUUUUUCAUCUUUAACGCAAGGAAUGUUUACAAGACGGUGAACUAUUCCAAACCAUGGAUGUACAGAUGCUCAUUAUUAUUCCUUGCUUAUAGCAGAAACAUUGUUAAAUCACAGAAAACAAUAAGAAAAGAAACUGAGUGCUUUUACUCUUUUUUA